ACCUAGUUGUAAAAAUAAAAAAUAAAAAAUUUAAUUGGCUAAAAUGGCAAAUAAAAAAAAAGACAUAGUGACAAAUCGUUUGAAGCCAAAAUUUUGGACGGCAAAUACUCGAAGCCAUGUCAUUUUGUCAAUUAUCUCUCCGGCUCCGAUGCCCUCCACCCCUCCGCCGGACUGGAGCUCCCCGUGGAGGUCUUCAGCGACGAGGAGAUGGCGCUGAUCGUGUCGUUGCUCGCCCUCGCCGCUGCCCACCGCUGCGCCUCGCUCUCCCGCGCGGCCUGCUCGGCCGCCGGCGACAUCGACGACCCCCCACUUCCGCUACGGAGGUCGCUGCUCGCCCGGUUCCGGGAACGCCGCGCCCUCGCCGUCAUCGACAUCACCGCCACGUGGUGCGACAAGCAGAUGGAGUUCGUGCUCGAACACGGCAGGCCGGAGAGGACCGAGGCGAUGAAGGCCGGUUCUGACCGCCAUGCCCAGCUCGAGGAGGUGGUUAUUGAGAGAGUAGAUGUUGCCAUUAGAACUGCUGAAGAAUCGUGGGCAGUAAAAUUCAUGAACUUUAUCGUGGGAACAAACCAGUUGUUGUUUGAUGGCAUCACACGUGAAAACUUCCGAUGGUCAUGGAUGGCAGGAGUUAUUGAUGAAAUCCGAAUGCCCACGGAUGGUGCUUCAUCUCAUCCCAUCCUGGUGGAUACAAAGACACGUUCCAAGCCAACAAUUCCCUCAGAAGCCCACAAAAGAAAUGGAAGGCUUCAGCUGAUGUGUUACAAGUACCUAUGGGACAAUUUGAAUACUGAGAAAUUCCCAGCGGAGAACUUCUUCAUCUAUUUUGACCUGAACCCCAACUUCUUGUUAUCAGACGAUGUGAAGUGGUACAUUAGCUCACUGGGAUUCGAUGCAAAGACCUUUGAAGAUGUAUUGAAAUAUUUUAAAGUUACUUGCCAUACAGUACCACGAUCUCAAGAACAGCUGCUCUUGAGAUAUGAACUUCUGGCAGAUCAUUCCCUACUCGUAGAAUACCAGUUCCCCUAUGAUGCUAGGUGGUUCAAGGAUCAAAUCCAGGAAGCCCUCAGCUUCUGGGUGGGGGCACGGGAAGCUAAAUUUGUGAUUGAAGAGGAGAGCUGGAAAUGUCAAUUCUGCAAAUUUGUGUCGAAUUGCCCAAAGAUGGCUUCCACAUCAGGGUGUUAACUAUAAAAGCAUUCAAGGGUGCAUGUGGGCAGCACUACUUUGGGUCAGAGCCUGGUGAAAAUUUUGGCAUUGGGCUGAAGAACCAACCAUACUAACGACUUUGAUCGUUGGAAGCGCCUUUAACUUGCUCUUUCAUUUUUUCUGUUCUUUUAGAGGAUGAAAUUUAGCUCGCUGUUAUUUUGCCCCGCAUACAUAUUGUAACUGAUUUUUUACUGAUUGGCAUGCUGAUUGAAUUUGUGUUGUAUAUCCUAAUGAAAAGUCAGUUCCUGGAA